UCAUGUUUUCAAUAAGAAUCAAUCAGGAAGAUGGCAUCUUCUUCCGUUCUUGUCCCGAAAUUUCUCUAUCUCCCAUUCACUCAUCAUCAGUUAUCACGUUCUUCUACAAAAAAUGUUUCCAAGGCAGCAAAGCUGCACAAAUCUCUCGAAUAUGCAGUGGGAUCUUCAAAGGCAAGGGCUUUCUGCGCCGCGACAGGGAUGAAUCCAAAGUUCGAGGGCAUCACGAAUGAAGUUCAGGAAAUCUUGGAUGCAAACAUGGACGAAGCACCGGCUAGGCGACGUGCUCGCGAUGCCUUUAGUGAAGUUCAACUCUCCAUUGAUCAUUACUUGUUCAAGUUUCCAUGUGAUGGGGUGAAAAUGAAGGAGUGGUAUGAGGUAAACUCUAGAGGUAUGAAGAUCUUCUGUAAAUCUUGGCUACCAGAAGAUUCUUCAAGUCCCAUGAAAGCAGCAGUUUGUUAUUGUCAUGGAUAUGGAGACACUUGCACAUUUUUCUUUGAAGGAAUUGCUAGAAAACUAGCAUCAUGUGGAUAUGGUGUAUUUGCAAUGGAUUACCCAGGAUUUGGUCUUUCAGAUGGCCUUCAUGCUUUCAUUCCAAGCUUUGAUUUAUUGGUUGAUGAUGUCAUUCACCAUUAUACAAAACACAAAGGGAAGCCUGAGAUGAACAAUGUGCCAAGAUUCUUGUUUGGACAAUCUAUGGGUGGAGCAGUAGCUUUAAAGAUUCACCUGAAACAACCCAAUGAAUGGAGUGGUGCUGUUCUUCUAGCACCUAUGUGCAAAAUAGCAGACAAUAUGGUUCCUCCAUGGUUGAUUGCUCAAAUCCUAAUUGGUGUGUCUAAACUUCUUCCCAAACAGAAGCUAGUCCCUCAGAAGAAUUUUGCAGAUCUGGCUUUCAGAGAUUUGGAUAAGAGACAAAUGACAUCGUACAAUGUCAUAGCUUACAAGGAUAAACCGCGUCUUGCAACAGGUGUUGAGCUUCUGAAGACUACCCACGAGAUAGAAAGACGACUGGAGGAAAUAUCUAUACCGCUUCUGAUUUUGCAUGGAGAAGAGGAUGUCGUUACAGAUCCAUCAGUGAGUAAGGCAUUGAAUGACAAGGCAAGGAGUUGUGACAAGACGCUUAAUCUUUACAAAGAUGCAUAUCAUUGCCUGCUUGAAGGUGAACCUGACGAGAUGAUUGCUAGAGUGCUUGAAGAUAUCGUUUCUUGGCUUGAUGCUCGAUGCUGCAAAAGUUCUUGACUUAUGAGUCCUUUUGCAUGAAGGAUAUGAUGGAUAGAGAUUAUAAAGAGAGGAAUUCAUUAAUUUAUUGUCUUGAUAUAUUGUCAUCGAUAUAUAAAUGCAAAAACUUUAGGAAUGCCUCUGCGUUCUAUAAAACUUUAGAACUUUUAUAAAUUAAACUUUCCAUUUAAGGAAAAAGUUUUGCCUUA